UAAUUAUCUUCCCUUUCCAGUUUAUAUUGUGGUUUGCUUUCCUAGCACAGAUUCCAGUUGUUUUCAAGACUGAGGAGUUAGAGAAAUUAAGCAAAUGAAGUAAUGAAAGCCAAGCAUCAAAGUCUGUAUUGUACGUAGCCCUGUACUCAUUUGUUGAUGGCUGUUUACAUGUUGAAUGGUACAGUUGGGGUAAAGCCUAAAGGGGAGUGCAGCAUGACAAUCCCCUGGGAGUUAAAUUAACAUAAUCUGGUAAAGAACGCUUGGCAGUUUUCAGCUGAUUUGUUCAUCAUCGUGACACAAACCCAAAGUUAAAAACUAAACAGGCAAGCAACUUAAGGGCUGACCAGAUUUUAUAACUUCAGACAUCGGGGGAUCACCAUCAGGACAGGCAUUCAAAGAGUAACGAAAACUGACUAAAACACACAGCUGGGAGUCCUGUGAAUUACACUGCCACGAUGGAUCAUAAAGCUCUGCUCUUUAUGUCCUUGCUUAUGCCAGUACUGUUUGUGAAGCAUGUUACAAGCCAGGAACUCAGAGGUGAUGAUGACCCCAAUGGAGAGAUAGAUGAAGCAAUAACUCAUGGUCCACGGCCAUUAACACCAGCUCCUGAAGAAUCAACUGAUCAGCUCCCACAAGAUUGUCGUGAAGAGCAGUAUCCCUGCACAAGAUUGUAUUCUGUCCAUCAACCACGAAAACAAUGCAUGAAUUAUCAGUGCUUCUAUAGCCUUCGCAGAAUGUACAUUAUCAACAAGGAGGUAUGCUUCCGUGUUGUCUGUGAACAGGAAGAGAGAUUGCUAGCGGAAAAGUGUCGUGAGAGGGCUGGUUGGCCUCGCCGUCUUCAAAGAUCAGUUAAAGAUCGGUCAAUAGUGGCGGCCAAACAAGCGGCAACAGACAGCAAAGAAUGACCUUCUUAUAAAGUGAGGACAUAAUGCGGAAAGAAAGAAAUGAGAAUCAAAAGGACAUGGAACUAACGCAGGCUGCAAAAGUGCAUUCAUUUUGGUUUAAGUAGAUGUGUCUUUUCAUAAAACAAGGAAACAGGUACAAAUUGAUCUGUUCUGAGAUGGUAAAGUCAUUCCUCUCAGUCUCAAAAAGAAAAAAUAAAUGCAAUGCCAUACUCCGUGUACUGUCAGUCAACAGUCAAUUAGCAGGCGUAGAAGGGAAACACUCUUCUCUUGAACUUUUACAAUAUGGCUGCCUUUUUUUUUAACCUUGAAAGCCCACUAGACAUAAGCAUCCAUUGCUCAGUUUAGUUUGUAGCAUGAGGACUUUAGCUAAGCCAAUGGAAGUUACAAUUACUGCAGGUUUUUAAGAACAUUCUUUUAAGGAGCACAGGAACAGUUUCCAUGUUAUACAUGAUUCUGCAAAGAAGUCUUUUGCAGUGCAUUCAAUAAGUUUAUGUUGCAGUAAGUUAAAAUUUUUAAUGGCAAAAAAGUGAUAACACAAAUAUCACCUUUUAUUUCUACCCAGUCCUGCCUGUGUUACAAAUACGCAACCUAUCCAUCCUCUACUUAUUAACCAGAAUUUAUUUAGCAAAUCCAUUGCACACGUCUAUAAUUCUAUCAAAAA